AGAAAACCCGAUUCAGGACACCUGUAUUUCUGAUAAAUCCUAUAUUCGGUCAUAUUGUAUGCUCAGGUGCGCUGAAAAGUCGUGUGGAUGCAGGGAUCCUCUCCUAAAUAAGAAACCCUAUAACAGACACCUGCCGAUAUGUCCAGUUACGCGUCUCAGUUGCUUGAAAGUCAACAGGACAAAAAGCCUUGAUAACGGGUCAUGCCACUGUUUGCCUCCUUGCAAUAAAAUAUCCACUUACAUGGUCUUGGAAUCUAAUCCUAUGAACAAUCUUAAACAAGCUAUCGAUCCUUUGUAUAUUGGAGUUAACGGUACUUCAUCAAUAGUUCUAAAUCUAAGAGUAAAUUUGGGUCAUUCCAGAGUAUUUGUCUUAAAUCCAACUGAGACUUGGCUUACCUUACUGUCUUCUUUAGGUGGAGUUUUCAACAUGUUCUUGGGCGUCGGCUUGUUCAGCGCAUUAGAGUUCAUGUAUCUUAUCUUGGUAAAGUUACCAAUUACCAUCCGGAAAUCAUCGGAAAUUGAUGUCGCUACUGCACCAAUAAGUCGAGUCCCUGGACGUUAGCCUAUAUUUUGGAAUUAGAAUGUUCCUGUUUGAGUGAUUGAAACCAAUUUUAUUAAAUAAACGAUUCAUUUUACCACUGAUUAUACUUUUACUGAGCCCGACCUAUUUUUAUAAUGCUUUUGAAAGCAAGUAACAAAAUAGUCAGAAUUUUUAUACACUAG